CACGUGAUCUUAAAACGAGAGUUCGAUUUGUUUACUUUUCACGUUGCCUUUCUACUGUCAGAAAUGGAAAAGGUUGCAAGCUCAAAAGUUGGGCAUACACAUCAGUCUGCUACAGGAUUGUCUUCUGUUAGACUUGUUGUCACUGUUGUCGUCAUUGUGGCAUGUUUCACGGCACUGUAUCCUAAGUUUUUCCAUCCAAUUGUAAUGAGAAUGUUAGGAGUGCCUCUACAAAAACAAAAGACUGAGCCAAAUCAUCCCCCUAAUAGACCCUCUCCUCAUGGCCAUGGAAACAUGCAUGGAGCACCAGACCCACACCAUGAUGAUAUCAAAAGACACAUGCGUCCAGGACCACAUCCAGGAAUGAGGGCAGCAGCUGAAAUGAACAAACAGAAUAAACAAGGCUCCUCCGGUAGAGGAGGUAUGAUGGGAAUGCUACUUCCUGUUUACGCCUUUGGUAUAAUUGGAUAUCUUAUCUAUACUCUUGUGAAGGUGUUUGGCAAAAAAGAUAAAGGAGAAAAUAGUAUGGGAUAUGGUAAACGGGGUAUGUCCUAUGGCCAACAACAGAGUAGUGACAACAGACCUGUAGAACCUCAGCGAGAAGAGGUGGAAGAGCAAGAAAAUAAACUAAAAGGAUUGGAAGAUUUAUUGGACAGAGCUUCAAAUGUUGAUAAUAAUAUAUCAACUGAAGAAAUGAGAGAAUUACAAAAGAGACUUGAAGAAACAGAAAAACAGAUGUCCAAGAUUCUGAGCGCCAUGCAGCAUGUAUCCACUAAAGUUGAGACUGUUGCUACUGAUGAUGUUAAAUCUCAAGAACAGGCAAAAACCAACGGCAACAGUUCAAGUGAUUCCAGUCCUGAUAUCAGUAGUUAUGAAGUGGUUGAUAAGAAUAAAGAAAAGAACUCUUCUAAAGUGGAGACAGUAAAAGCAUCUGAAACCAAUGAGGACACACAGACAGAAACAAUGGAGGAUAAGGACAAGAAAGAGGAAGUAAUGUCUGCAGACAAUGAUGAAGUAAAGGAUACUGAAGAAGUUAUAAAAGAUAAACAUGAAGAAGAGGAGUCAGGUGUCCGUCAGAGGAAAGGUCAAACAGGGUCAACUGAAUAAUCAUCUCUUCUUAUGUAGGCUCAUUAACUGUCUUCUUUUAUAUGAUAUUUUGGUUAUGACAUACAUACUUUUAAGUGGGUAUCAUGAUUGAAAUUGAAUGCAAUAUUGACCAGUCAAUGCUUAUUAUGGGGAUACCAAAUUUUGGAGGUAAUUUAUCACUCAAAAUUUUGUACUGAACUACAUAAAUUGAAAAAUCAAUAGUUUGGGAUCCCUAAUUUUGUUUGAAAGUCUUUUAAGACAUUUAGUUCUUAAACAUAAAUUUGUAUUCAGAACAUGGGUGUUAAUUGAUGCAAUAACCAUUUAUUUAUUGUGUUAGAUUUGCACUGAAACUCCUGAUUGAAAAUGAAAAAAAAGUACAUUACGAACGAAAAGAAACAAAAUCAUUCCAUAUUUAUUACAUACAUAUUUUGUUACUCCAGACCAGACAUGAAUGUAAUGAAGAAGUUUGGCAACCUUACUUUUUUUCCUGCGUCCCUUUCUUUUAAAAAAAAAGUUGUAUGAAAAGCCUUGGCUUGCUCUUCAAUCUGUAAUUAAAAAUGGCAAAUUACAUUACAUGCCAUAUAAUAUGGCAGAAUGUUUUCCUGAAUAUUGUUGUACCUUGAUAUUUGCUGUAUUUAUUAGUUUGAUACUGCUGACCAAAUUCAAAAUUUUAUUUUUUUUAUUUCAUGAGUUCAUUGAGUUUUAACUUGUAAGUAUGGAUGUUAUUAUGGUAAACUAGUACCUUAUAUUUUUUGGUCAUUUAUAUUGGGGUUCUAUUGGCAAAAGAAUGAUAAAUGUUUUCAUAUACAUUAACUGAAUAUAAUAAAUAUAAUUUAAAAUGAUUAUUCUGUAUUUUGGACAAAUCCUAUAUAUUCUACAUUUCCAUAGUAUGUUUUCCUUGCAUACAAAAAUGACUUUUUCUGCAGUUUUUAAUAGAAUUAGGUAACACAAAUUUAAUGUCAUUUGGUAAAAUAUUUUAUUAAGAAUUUCCAACACUACAAUUUUUAUUCCCUGUAAUUUUUCAUCAAAAGUUAUAUGUACAAUAGAAUUAGGAUACAUUUAUUUAUUACUUUGGCAUUUUGAGAUAAAUUGAGAGGUAAAAGAAACAGAGAAUUGAGAUUUUCAACACAAAUAUUAAAUUUCCUUUUUUUUGGUAAACUCCUUUUUUAUUCUUAAUUAAGAGUGACAAAUAUUUAGAAUUACCUGUGAAAUUAGAUUUAAAUGUUCAUAGAAUUUGUAUUCAUUACGUCCUUUAGUUGACCUUGUUGACUAUAGCUAUAAACAAACUGUAAUGAUAUUGUGAUAAUUGUGGUUUUUGAUAUAACUGAUAGCUUUAUUUAUUGUUUUUUUUAUACAUUACAAAGUAUAUAUAUAUCUGUUGGUGUUGUGAUAUUUAUUUAUUAAGAAAUCCUGGAAUCUCUGUUUAUAUUUACAUAUUUAUAUUUCAUUAUGUUUUUUUUUUCAAUCCUAUUUAUUAUAUAUAGGUACAUGAUUUAUUAUUUAUUCGUGACAGCACAGUGCCUGGUGUGUAGUUGCAUUUUCAUGAUUUAUAAGAUAAAUGGCACUUUUCAAACAAUUACACUUACUAGUGUUUAUAUUCCCUUGAAAUAAUAUGACAUUAGAUGAUUUAUAAGGAUUUCAGCAUUCUGAUUGGCAGACAUCAAUCAUGCAAUAUAAUAAAGAGAUGUUUUAUGUCCCAAUACAAACCAUGAUCCAUGACUGCACGUCUCCAUAACAAAGUUACAACAAUACAUAGGGGUUCUAAAACAAAAUAAUGAAAAUCUUGAAUUAACUAGUCAUUGAAAUUAAAUAAAAAAGAAUUGAAUGGCUCAUUUUAUUAAAUUUUGUAUAUGCUUGUUACAGUAUUGAAUGCAUUCCUUUUAGUAUACAGUACUAACAGGCAUGGGAAUUAAGCUUUUUAAGGGGUAGUCCAGCCCAAAGUUAUGUGAUCAAGCAAAAAUGUAGAAACAAUUAUUAGCCAGCCAAAUUUUUACAGACCUGUCAUGGAUACUGAGCCUCUACUAAUUUCCAUCCCUGACCAAAGUGUUGAUGAAAUCAUAAAAGGGGAAACUUUCCUUCUGAUUAAAUUAAGGAUUAUCUGUAGAACUUGGGAUCAGGUGAAUGACAGAUUUUUCUUAAUAAUACUUUUUCUUUCUGUUUUUCUGAUUUUAACAUUUUUCUUUUAUUUUCAUUUUUUCUAAAAAAUUUUGAGAUGGUGGAUAUAUAUCUAAGCAUUAAGAUCUUCAUAAUUGCCCAGGAAUUCUCAAUAUAAGACCAGUAAACUUUCAUCUUUUGCACAUUGCUAUAUUUUUUUUAAUAUUUUGCUGCCAGAUCUGUUAGCAUGGUAAAUAUAUUUUUUACAUUCUAAGUAUGUGUUUUACAUUAUCAUUUGUAUGAACACAAUAAAAGUCAUUGUUUUAUAUUUUUGUCUCUUUUUACUUUGGUCAUCAUAUCUGGUACUACUGAUAAAAAUGGAAAUAUAUAUGUUAUUGUAAGUCCUUGUUUGAAUGUUGUUUUAGAAUAAAUUGGGCAGAGGUAUCUCUCUGAUCAACAGAACAAUUUCUUCAAGUUUCUUUAGUGUAGCGACACCUAUGCAAUUGUGUGGUUUUUAUUUUACUUCCUUUAUCGUAAAUGUUUUAUGUUUAAUUUCUGACAAUCAUGACAUACCCAUUUCUAUUUAUAAAUUGAUAAUUUUUUCUAUAAAUUUAUCUAUAGUUUACAAAAUGUUCAGUUGUGGAAUACAGUAAUUUACAAUUGUAUACUGUCCUGUAUGUGUUCAGUUUUGUAUGUAUGUAAUUAAUACUCUCAUUUACAUCAGCUUUAGAAAUUAAUGUGAAUAUUUGUCGAUUGAAAUUUUUCAUUUUGAUGAAAAGUGUGAAAACUGUUUUUGUUCAUUUUAUGAUAUUAAAUAUUUAAAACUUUGUUUAUAAUUAAUCAUUUCCUUCACCCAGAUGCCUUUGAUAAGCCUAAACAUCUGUUAAUGAUAAGUUUAUCCAUGAAUCUAAAAGAUAUUAAGCUGAUACCUUUGAAUUGUUGGAUACCAUUCAGUUUUGCUAAUGAUUUUUUCCUCCUCAGAAAUUGCCUAGUGUUUUGUUCAUGUCUUUAUCAAAAAUAGAUGAUAUUAAAUGUUUAAACUCUUCAAUGUAUUUUGUUUCAAUGACAAAGUUUAGUAUGUUAUUGUGAUAUUAAUGUGUUUAAUAAAAAUGAAAAAAAUG